AUGGAGAGCUUUGAUGAUGUUUCUCUCAUCGGACUAGUGUCCCAGGAAAUGCCUUUCCACGAUGACCAUCUCCCGAUUCCAUCCGGCCCUUCAGACCCGAAUUUGGCAAAACAAGACACCACAGGGGUACCAACUUCGACCCAAACGACCAGUAUCAGACCCUCUUCGCGAAUAGAGCGCACCGAUGACGCUGGAAUAAUCGAUGACGCCUCAGUCGUGUCAGAAUUCCCGUUGCCUUACAACCCACCGCCUGGAGCUCGGAUUGAGGAGGAAGAGGAAGGGGAUGGGGAAGGCGAGGAGCCACAGGUAGCAACUUCCUUUGAGCGAGAGGCUUCGCCGACUUUUGCGCAGAAACACCGAUCAGCUUUAGACAACUCGGAGGACGAAGGGAUCAACCGUAUGCACAAAUUUACGUUGUAUGAAACCGCGACUCGAUUCUAUAUGGUCGGCAUCAAUCUUGCGGAGACUCAUUUUCGGAUUCUGAAAAUUGAUCGGACCUCGGAAUCUGGCGAGUUGAGCAUUACCGAGGAUGACAUGGUGUACAACAAAAGAGAGAUGGUUCAGUUGCUGGAUGCAAUCGACGACGGCAACAAGAGCUCUGGCGGAUUGAAGCAGAAGUGCAGUGCAUGGGCAUUACUUGGCUUCAUCCGAUUCACGGGCGCAUACUACAUGUUACUUGUUACCAAGAGGAGCCAGGUUGCCAUGCUGGGUGGUCACAAUGUUUAUCAAAUGGAUGAAACCGAACUGAUCCCAUUGACCACCUCGGAACCUUCACAUCUUAAGACUGAGAAGCAUUCGGAGGAGGCGCGAUAUAUUGCGAUUUUGAACAAUCUGGACUUGUCACGCUCUUUCUAUUUCAGCUAUUCCUACGACAUCACUCGCACACUCCAGCAUAAUAUCUGCCGGGAUCGCGAGGCCCACCAGGAUGGCCAUCCACAACCGUCUUCGCAUGAUUACCAUUCCAUGUUUAUUUGGAACCAUCAUCUCCUUUCCCCGGCUGCUGAGGCCCUUAAGAAUCCCUACGAGUGGUGUCUACCUAUCAUUCAUGGAUAUGUGGAUCAGUCAAAGAUGAGUGUCUAUGGACGAGUGGUCUACAUCACAAUCAUCGCGCGUCGAUCCCGAUUCUUUGCUGGCGCGCGCUUCCUCAAGCGAGGCGCAAACGACCUGGGAUACGUGGCCAACGAUGUGGAGACCGAACAGAUUGUAUGUGAACAGACAACAACAUCAUUCCAUUCUGCUGGCCCAAGGCUUCAUGCAAACCCUCACUAUACUUCAUAUGUUCAACACCGUGGGAGCAUUCCUCUUCACUGGACUCAAGAAAACACGGGCGUAUCGCCGAAACCGGAUAUUGAGCUUAACCUCGUGGAUCCAUUUUACUCGGCUGCGGCGUUGCAUUUCGACGAUCUAUUUCGAAGAUAUGGCGCUCCAGUCUAUGUUUUGAACCUGGUCAAGUCUCGCGAACGAACUCCGAGAGAGUCAAUACUUCUCAAAGAGUUCACCAAUGCUGUGACUUACUUGAACCAGUUUCUUCCAGAGGACAAGAAGCUCAUUUACGAGGCGUGGGAUAUGAGCCGUGCUGCAAAAAGCCGGGAUCAGGAUGUCAUUGAGACGUUGGAAGAUAUUGCAGGCGAUAUCAUUCCCAAAAUUGGCUUUUUCAAGAAUGGGGAUGACGCAGAAUCCGGUUUGCAGCUUCAGAACGGUGUCGCAAGGACCAACUGCAUUGAUUGCCUCGACCGAACAAAUGCUGCACAGUUUGUCAUUGGCAAGAGGGCACUUGGCUAUCAGCUCCAUGCUCUUGGUGUCAUAGAUGACACCACUGUAGAGUAUGAUACUGAUGCUGUCAAUCUCUUCACGAACAUGUGGCAUGACCACGGAGACACUAUCGCUAUCCAGUACGGCGGAUCGCAUUUGGUGAACACUAUGGCUACCUACCGCAAGAUCAAUCAAUGGAGCAGCCACUCUCGUGACAUGGUGGAAAGCUUCAAGCGGUAUUACAACAACUCUUUCCUUGAUGCUCAGCGCCAAGAGGCAUAUAACCUCUUCCUUGGAAACUACACUUUCGCCCAGGGCAUUCCGAUGCUUUGGGACCUUCCAACAGACCACUAUCUCCACCAUACAGAUCCCAAAUCCCACUUUGACAGAAAGAAACCCAGCUACAUCUCUUGGUACACACCAGAAAAUCUGAAGCCCAGGGAAUUCCCACCCCUCCCAUUCCGUCCCAAAGCACCACUCUCACAUUUCGACGACUUCUGGCUGGAAUACUACCGACCACUCGCUUUGUCUUCCCUAUCCAAAGUCUUCUCCUGGAAAAUGAACUCCACGUCCCGCUACCUACCCCCAGUCCGCCCAGGACACCCAGUCCCCGAUCUCAGUCCCUUCGUACCCCGCAUCCCCCCAGAGCAAAUCCAACGCGAGCGCCUACCACAGCGCAGCGUCAAGAUCCAAGAGCCAUCCGUCAGCCGCAGUCGCGCCUCAUCAAGCACCAUGCCAAUACCCGAAUCCGCACAAACAUGGGCCCACCAACCACCCUCAUCUGAAAAAAACCCGCCUCUCACGGGCAUCAUCAAAGAGCCUGCUUUCAAAAUCCCCCAUGUAUCCCGCAUCCCACCCAUCGACCCUCCAAACGCCCACUCCACCCCCAGCAAAGCGGAGAUUGCCCAGUGGACCCUCGGCCAGCUAGUCAGUGACUCGCUGAGCCCCUCUGUCACCAAUGCCGAGGCAGAAGAAUACGAGCGGUACAUCAACCACCCGCUUAAGGUCCCGCUUGUUGUCACAUCCGAAGAUGAAAUGACAGCUUCAUCAUUGCAAGACCACGGCUAUAACCUCGAUCUCCUGGAGUACGCGAAUAAGUGCAAUGUUGAGGAAUCUGCGCUGGAGGCGAGGGCUGGGAUAAACAUGCUUGCUUAUGCUGAAUUCUUGGAUGUCUCCGAGGACGGUCUUACUGUGGUGGGUGAGGAUUACGAGAAGAAGAGAUAUAAGCGGUACCGCCAAUGGUUGCGCGGGAAGAGUCUCUUCAAGCAGCGGGUUGAUCCAUGA